UAUAUUUCAUCCAUAGCUUUUUGGAGUUAAUCAAUUUUGCCUUUCAGGUUUACAGCAGUUUUUAUCUAGGUGGUAUCAAAAUGGCCAAUCAUAUCAUGCUUUCUUACCAGUGGGAUGACCAGGCACUGGUGAAGAGGGUAUAUGACAGGCUCAUGGAGGAUGGCUUCACAGUGUGGAUGGAUAUUGAAGGAGGGGUCUCAGGAAAUAUCAAUGAUGCUAUGGCUGCUGGUGUGGAGGAUGCAGUCGUUGUGUGUCCCUUCAUGACCCCUGCUUACCAGGCCUCCCGCAGCUGCAAGAAAGAGCUGAACUAUGCUGACGUGCGACAGGUGCCCCUCGUCCCCGUCAUGGUGUCCAAGAACUGGGAGGCCAGCGAGUGGCUUGGACUGCUCACUGCUGGACAGCUCUGGGUGGACUUCAGGAACGUGGACAAAAGUGAUGAUCACUUUGAGAAGUGUGUGAAGUCUUUGGAGGAAGAGAUUAUGUUCGUGGCUGGAAAUGUAUUGACCAUUCAGGAACCCAACAAUGACCCAGACAACACCCCAAGUAGAGAGAGACUUAAGCGAAAACCUGGUCGAGGAUUUCGCCAUGCUCUCACUCAGCUAUACCUUCGGGAAUCAGGAGAACAGAAAUUUCAUCCAGCAAGUGAGACUCGGAAUACAGUAGAACUCCACUACAGCCCUGGUGACAACGGCUAUUGGGAGGAGAUCAAAGGCAGUGGCUGCAAACACUACCGCAACAUAGUAACCAAUGGAUACCUUGGAUUCGAUGCUAAUGGAGACUACGUAUACACCAAAGCAAAUCCUUACGGAGCGGAGGAAUGGCUCCUUAUGGUGGAUGAAUCUGACCAGAGUCACGAGAGGGCAGUGGUCAUCAAGAACAAACAUUCUGGAAAGUUCCUGGCUGUUCAGCAGGGCCGCUUCAUAGGUCUGCCGUACCACACUGAGGAGUGCAAGUGGUUUUUGAACUAGUAUGAGACUGGUCUCGUAUGAGGGGUAGAGAGGUUUUCAUGAAUAAAGAGGAGCUCAGAUAUCAAAUUACAAAAAAAAAUGAAUUCUUU